GCACUCGCUAUUCUCCCAUAUUGGCUUAUAUCACAUGCAUGGCAAUAAAACUUGUUUAUUAACCAACGUAGGUUAUAAGAUGGCCACUGGUGGCCUGGUAGGUGGUCUGGAAGGAAUUAGGAAUCCCGGGGCUUUAACCUCGCUUAUUAUAGUCGUUGUGCUUGCUCUCUGCUGCCUCAUAGCGUUUGCGUCAAGAUUAUUCGCAGUGAUUCGAUUUGAAAGCAUUAUCCAUGAAUUUGAUCCAUGGUUUAACUACAGAGCAACUCACCGCCUGUCUACGUUCGGUUACUAUGACUUUUUAAACUGGUUCGAUGAACGAGCAUGGUACCCACUUGGGAGGAUUGUGGGUGGCACUAUCUACCCUGGUUUAAUGGUUACUGCUGGCUUACUACAUUGGAUAUUGAACAGCCUCCACAUCACAGUCCACAUACGUGAUGUUUGUGUCUUCCUUGCACCUUUAUUUAGUGGCUUGACCUCAAUCGCUACAUUUUUCCUCACAAAGGAAUUGUGGAGUUCGGGAGCAGGUCUUUUUGCUGCUUGUUUCAUAGCAAUAGUGCCUGGUUACAUUUCACGGUCAGUGGCAGGCAGCUAUGACAACGAAGGUGUUGCAAUUUUUGCGCUUCAGUUCACUUAUUUCUUGUGGAUCAAGGCAUUAAAGAAAGGCUCCGUGUUCUGGGCUGUUUGUUGCGCACUUUCUUAUUUCUAUAUGGUAUCAGCAUGGGGAGGUUAUGUGUUCAUUAUAAACCUUAUCCCACUCCAUGUGUUUGUGUUGCUGCUAAUGCAAAGAUUCUCCAGCAGAGUAUAUGUUGCAUACACCACAUUCUUUAUCCUGGGUCUCCUGCUUUCAAUGCAAAUCCCAUUCGUUGGUUUUCAACCAAUAAGAACGAGCGAGCAUAUGGCGUCCGCAGGCGUUUUCCUUCUCCUGCAAGUUUAUUGUUUUCUCGACUAUGUUCGUUCACGCACGACCAAACAACAAUUCCGAUCACUCUUCUUCCUCGCCAUCCUUAUCAUGUGUGUUGUCCUUGUGGUUGGUGUUGUUGCACUCACUUAUGCAGGAUAUAUCGCUCCAUGGAGUGGAAGGUUUUACUCGUUGUGGGACACGGGGUACGCGAAGAUCCACAUCCCGAUCAUUGCAUCUGUGUCCGAACAUCAGCCAACCACAUGGUCAUCCUUCUUCUUUGAUCUUCAUGUCCUCUCGUGCACUUUCCCAGUAGGAAUCUGGCUUUGCAUCCAUAAGAUAAAUGAUGAAAGAGUUUUUGUGGUCCUGUAUGCAGUGUUUGCAGCUUAUUUUGCCGGUGUAAUGGUUCGUUUGAUGUUGACACUUACACCAGUUGUGUGUAUGCUAGCUGGCAUCACUUUUUCGGCAACACUUAGCUAUUUUAUCAAGGAUGAUGACAAUGAAGGAAAUUUAAAAAACAAGAAAGAAAACAAAAAGAGAGCCAGCAUAGCUCGGGAGUGGCAGCUUGAAAAGUCGCAGAACAACGACAAUGGUGAAUAUGCGAUGGUUGGAGAUGACGACGAUAGCGAGGGCGAUGAAGCACAAAAUGCUGAGUCACAAUCCCCUCGUAGUUUGUAUGACAAAGCAGGAAAAAGCAACCGAGCUGCAAAGAAAUCGAGUUCCUCAUCAGCCCCACCUACUGGUGGUAAGAAAAAUAAACAAGAAUUCGUCGGUCUUGGUGCAAAUGUUAAGGGUCUUGUGAUGAUGUCAUUCUUGUUGAUGUUGAUGCUGUUCGUGGUUCACUGCACAUGGGUGACGAGCAAUGCUUACUCGAGUCCAAGUGUCGUGCUUGCUUCCUAUAAUAACGACGGGUCUCGAGUUAUCCUUGAUGACUUUCGUGAGGCUUACCAUUGGUUGAGACAGAACACGCAUGACCGAGCACGUGUGAUGUCAUGGUGGGAUUACGGAUACCAGAUUGCGGGGAUGGCUAACCGAACAACACUUGUUGAUAAUAACACUUGGAACAACAGUCAUAUUGCAUUGGUUGGUAAAGCAAUGGCAUCCACGGAAGAUAAAUCCAUCGAGAUCAUGAGGAUGUUGGAUGUUGAUUAUGUCCUCAUUAUAUUUGGAGGUAUGAUCGGAUACUCGGGCGAUGACAUCAAUAAGUUUCUAUGGAUGGUGCGUAUCGCUGAAGGGGAACACCCUGGUGAUAUCAAGGAAAGCAAAUACUUCACCCAGAACGGUGAAUUCCGUGUCGAUCAAGGGGGUUCCCCCAGCCUGCUUAACUGUCUCAUGUACAAGAUGAGCUAUUAUCGGAUUUGUACAUAUUUUAAAACGGCUUCUUUUUUAAACAGAGUGAAGAAGCCAGCAAACCGCGUACCUCUUGGUCGCCCUCCUGUGUCCAAACAUUACAAAGCUAAGCAUAUGUCUAGAAAGACAUCCAAAAAACGUCGAGGUUUCAUUAAAAACAAACUGGAGACGAAAAAAGGUUUACGAUCUCGCCCAGUAACCAAUCAGAAGACGACGAAAAGGUCACGCAAAGCAAACAAAAGGUCACUGUGAUGUCACUAUAACGCAGCUGCAACGUCAUGAAAACGACUGUGCAAUGAUUGGUUUUAAACCGGAAAAUGCGGAAAAAUCGGAACCGCCAGAAUUUAGCAUAUGGUUUCGCUACUGUCUUUUCUGCAGCACAAUUUGUCGUCUCUAAACCGGUGUAUUACAAUCGUAUUUGGUGUGCCAAUGAAAAUUUACCGAGUGUCUAUAACCGUACUGUUUCCGAUGCAGUCUUAUGUUCGUGUCGUUACGUUACACUAAAACGAGUAUUUCACCUAAAGAAAUAUACACACGGGCUGUAUGGUUCGUCGUGUUUGUAUGUAUGUAUCUAUGCGUGUGUGUUUGUACUCGGUCCGUCAUUUUUACACCCAUCUCCCAAUACUGUGGAAAGCGCAACUAAUUAUGUGUUUUCCGAAAAUCGGCUACCUGAAGAAAUUCGUCCAAUUUCACUUCGUAAGUUCAUCGUCAUUUGCUGCUGGCUUCUGCUUCAGCAAAUUGGAAAUGCCGCGUCAACAUUAAUUGUUCCAUUACACAGAAAGGUAGCA